UCGUAGUUGAGUGCAGUAUAUGAUUUCCGUUUUCAGUAACGGGAUAUAAUAAUAUUUAUUUACUCUUAAUUUAGUAUCUUCAAAAGUUCAACACUAUGAAUUUUAAUCAAGUUCAGGUUGUCCACAAGUGUCGAUUGUGUCUUGCUUCCGAAGGGUCACCUACAUCCUCUAUGGACGAUCAUAUCUUCCGCACCAAAUUGGAUGCUGUUUGCAAUUAUGCGUUCGUUUCCAGUGAUGAUCUUCCAUCGAAGGUUUGUUUGCAAUGCACUUCAAAAAUCACAGACAUGUACGAAUUCUUGCAAACCGUUGUUUGUAAUCAGAAAAUGUUGCAUUCCAUGGUCAAACCCAUUUUUCCCAAAGAAGAUACGCCCCCAAAAAAUGAGAUAUUCUUGGAAUUAGCUUAUGAAAUUAAGGAGGAGCCAACAAUUAAACAAGAGAAUACUUCUGAGGAUGAACAUAUUGUUGACUCCAUUAUAACUGCAGAACUAUGCAAAGUUGUUGAGGACAGUAAAGAAUCGGAAUUAUUUGAAAAGCCUGCCGAACCCUUGAGUGACGACAUUUUAAUCAAACAGUAUUUCAAUCUCAGCUGCGAUGAAUGUUCAACUCCAUUUGAUACCUACAAGCAGUUUAGUGAACACUCAAGAUUAAACCAUAAUCAAAAACCUACCUUACAUUGCUGCAACAAAACAUUCCAAAUCAAGCACAAAAUUCUACGGCAUAUUAACACGCACCUGCGGCCCUUCAAAUGCGAAGAGUGUGCCAAGACAUUCACCGAUGCACAUGCCCUACAGGUUCACAAAAUCGGCCAGCACUUGUCCAGCGAAGACAAACCAUUCAAAUGCGACAAAUGUCCGAAGUCUUUCCAAAAACAACAAUUACUUCGGUCGCACCUAAAACUGCACGAACGGGUGGAUUGUUCGAUUUGCAAGAAGAGCUUUUCGAACGUGUACGCCAUGAAGAAUCAUACCAAGAUGUUCCACAGCGAAAAACAACCGAAGUUCAUUUGCGACGUUUGUGGCAAAGAGUUCAAAUCGUACAAUCAGGUGGAAACGCAUCGAGUCGUUCAUAUCGAACCGACUCUCGAGGAUGGCGCACGGUGCGAAAUCUGUCACACGUGGAUCAGCAGAAAGAACCGAUUGCGUCGACACAUGGUUGACAUCCACCAGUCGAAGGAGUCCGAAUGCGACAUCUGCCACAAAACAUACCCAAAUGUGAAGGGAAUGAAGAAGCACCGGAACAGUGUGCACGUUGGGCUGAACUUUGAGUGCGAUCUGUGUGGGAAGAGGUUCAAAAAAUCUCUAAAUCUGAAGGAACACCGGGCUUCGGCGCACACCGGCCAAAAGUUGUACUCGUGCGAGUUCUGUGGAUGGGAAAUGAACUCGAAUGGCAAUCUAUACUCCCACAAGAAGAAAAAACACCCGCAGGAGUGGAUGGAGGCCAAACAGAAAGUGGCACGGUUGAAAGAAUAAUAGGAGACAAUUAUGCAAAUUAAUAUAUCUGUUCCUUCGUAUUAUAGCACCUUAAAUUGUCGAAUAAAUUCAUAAACAAGUUUGAUAAUAAUCAAA